UCCGACAACGGCGAUGAUGGGCACCUGAGAGCUGCAUGAUGGACCUGCGCAGCCCAAACAUCUUUACUCUUGCGGUAUGCUCGUCAAUGGAAACGAAAUAGCCCGCAAAACGACCUGCAUGACACGUCCCCAGUCUCCCAUUACAUAACGGGGUUUUAUCGCAGCAUGGUAGCUAGGUUUGAUCCGCCAAGCCUCUUUGACCCCCCGGAAUUUCACCUACGCCGACGCCGUCAGCCUGAAGGUUGGAAGCUCCAGAGGGGAUCACGAGCUUGACCAGAGUCAAGACUAGCGAGCUGCAAAGGCGGAUGACUCGAGCUUUGUCUAGCUGCACUGCCGCAGAGCUCGUCACACGACUCUUUGGACCUACGUCUGCUUCGAUCCUGUUGCUGGGACCGUUGCUCUUCACUAGUAAACUCGCUAUUCCUUGCCGUGUCAGCAGCUCGUCGACCUUUCGCCGACCGCCGGACGUCUACAGUCAUUCAGUCAACGGCGAUAUCCAUCACAUCGGUCGCCUUGUUCCUUAUUCCGAGAUGUCGCAGAGACAGCACUUAUGGGGAUGAAGAAAUGAUCUGAACCCUUCGAUAUCCACUAACUGCUAGGCAGUAUCAUUGGUUUUCUUGAGCCUGUGCCAUCAUGACAUCACAGCUCAUCACACGCUUGCUGCCCAUCAACAGCACCACCUCGCCCUCAAUCUACGAAACUAUUCGGCAAUACGAUGAUGAUUCCGGCCAUUCGGAUACUGAGGAACGAGCUGCGAUGGCUGUGGACGAAGAGAACUUGGACGGAGCUUACCAGGACUAUGAGCUGGAGGGUGCUCUCGCGCAAGCUUCGGACACACAGUCCACGCAUAGCAGUUUCCAGUCUCCCGCAGCGGGUGAUUCCCACUUACCGCGCCAUCCGAAAUGGACGCAGGAGUCAGUGAACGAAGCCGAGCACGAUGAUGAAGUUCCGGCUUCCCUUCUCGUUGAAGGCGAUGGCGAGGAGGAUCCCCUUCCACCACCCCCUCGACCUCCUUCCAAUCGUAACAGGAUCCUUGACGAUGCGCCAGCUGCAGAAUUCUGCUCCCCGCGAUUACGAGGCCAGUGGGAAGCUGCCGAGGAGCAUCAAACCCCCCAUCUUGCCCCUCAACCAUCGCCUCCUCUAAACCUUCAUUCAAAUCGAAGAGCUGGUCUAGCAUUUGCCAAUCCAAAGGAAAAGGCAAUGUGGAGAUGGGCCAAUGUCGAGAAUCUAGAUAACUUUCUAAAAGACGUUUACAUUUAUUUCAUCGGUAACGGGAUUUGGUGUAUAGUAUUAAGUCGGAUGCUGAAUAUUCUAACCUUGGCUUUUGUUGUUGGUUUUACGACAUUCCUAACAAACUGUGUUGACUAUCGGAAAGUCCCGCAUAGCAAGACACUGAAUCAGAUUAUUGUCCCGAAGUGCACCAACAAAAUGUCAGCCUCAUCUACAUUUUUCCUAUGGCUGUUUACAGUCUUUUGGUUUGGAAAGGUUUUCCAAUACAUUAUAGAUUUCAGGCGACUACGGCAUAUGCAUGACUUCUACCUCUAUCUUUUGGACGUGCCCGACUCGGAUAUACAGACAAUAUCAUGGCAGGAGGUGGUUGGUAGGCUCAUGGCACUGCGGGAUGCGAAUCCCGCGACCGCAGGCACCGUGUCCACAAAACAUCGCAAAUACAUUGGUAGCCAGUCAAAACAGCGGAUGGAUGCUCAUGACAUUGCCAAUCGUCUUAUGAGGAAGGAAAAUUAUCUCAUUGCACUGUUCAACAAAGAGAUAUUGGACCUUACCCUUCCUAUACCGUUCUUACGAAAUCGGCAGUUGUUUUCUCGGACCCUUGAAUGGAAUCUUAACCUGUGCAUCCUCGAUUAUGUCUUCAAUGAACAGGGCCAGUUACGACCACUUUUUCUGAAAGCGACUCACCGAAGAGCUCUAAGCGAGGGUCUCCGGCGUCGAUUUAUUUUUGCUGGGGUCAUGAAUAUUUUCAUUGCGCCGUUUAUCGUGGCUUACUUUUUGAUGCAUUACUUCUUCCGCUAUUUUAACGAGUACCAAAAAAACCCUUCCAAAAUCGGCUCUCGCCAAUAUACACCUUUGGCGGAAUGGAAAUUCCGCGAAUUCAACGAACUAUGGCACCUUUUCGAACGUCGAAUCCAUAUGUCUUACGAGUCCGCAAAUAUGUAUAUCAACCAGUUUCCCAAAGACAAGACAGUGCAGCUGUCACGUUUUGUAGCUUUUAUUGCAGGUGCCCUUCUGUCUGUCCUCGCGUUGGCAUCCGUUAUAGACCCUGAGCUAUUCCUCGGGUUCGAAAUUACUCACGAUCGGACCGUUUUGUUCUAUAUUGGACUUUUUGGGACUGUCUACGCUGUUGCACGUGGGGUCGUACCAGACGACGCCCAGGUGUUUGACCCGGAACACGCCCUCUUAGACGUGACUGCGUAUACCCACUAUAAACCCGCUCACUGGCAAGGCAAACUUCAUAGCGACGACGUAAGGAAGGAGUUCGCCACACUCUACCAACUGAAGGUGGUAAUCUUUCUUGAGGAGAUUCUGAGUAUGAUAUUCACUCCUUUCGUUCUAUGGUUUAGCCUGCCUAAAUGCAGCGACCGUUUGAUCGAUUUUUUUAGGGAGUUUACAGUUCAUGUCGACGGCCUUGGUUACGUUUGUUCCUUCGCAGUUUUUGAUUUCAAGAAAGGCACGAAUCUGAUGCCCCCUGAACCCCAGCAUCAUCGUCCAAGAGGCCUUAAGCAUGGCCUACACGAUCUACGAGGUGAUUAUUUCUCUGCUAAAGAUGGAAAGAUGCUUGCAUCUUAUUAUGGGUUCCUCGAUCAUUACGCUCCACCUGCACGCCCAAGUGGACCUCAUGCUUCGCAGCGCCAAAAUUACCCCCAGCAGCCCGUUCCCGGCCCAACCCAUCGUGCUCAGCCGGGAGCAAACCAUCUACAUUCAAGUCGCAUUGACCGGUGGGACAAUGGUCAACACUCUACCAUGAGACAAUCCGCCCUUCGAACCUCUCGAUUCGGAGCUAUAACAGGUGUCGGAGGACAUGCAUCGCCCAUGGCCUCAAUGCUACUAGAUCCCCAUCACCAACCCUCUAUGUCCGGAUUUCGAUCGAAAGCCCAUCCAACAGCAGCCUCCCGCUAUCGGCCGUCUCGGCAAGCCCACCCAAUGGCGGAUACAAUUCAAGAUGUCGACGAAGACCAACUUCCCGGAAUUAAUAUACAGCCUUCAAACGUGACCACAACUUCCAGCGGCGGACCUGCAACUGAUGAUAGCCAGAUAGAAGAAUCAUGGCGAAUAAAUCUGGCAGAAGACGCAAACAGCGGCGAAGAUGACGAGGCUGAAGACGUGGAGAAAGUUGCUGGUGGUGGAGGAGUGCUGGGCUUGAUUCACCAGUUCCAGAAAGUCACAAAUGAAGGUCGCGGUGCUGUUGGGAUGUAAUACUUUUUUCACAUGGCGAACUUCAUUUUUGUGAUGCUCUGUGUUUUGCACUGGCUGCUUGCAGUUUACAUAUAACAGCAUAACCGGGGUUCCUUGGUGAGAUUAGUUAGGCGGUGCAAAUAUUUGGGUCAAGGUGAAACAAUGAUAUGGGCGCUACAUAGAACCUCGUAGGACGCACGUGUUCCUUGAGUAUGCCAGCCAUUGUGUGAUUUUGUUAGACAAGGUAAUUUAGACGAUACUCCCGGCUAUGCAGGGUAGUCAACAAUAUAUACUGAGUGAAGCCGAGACAUGUAUCGAUUGACCUAUUUGAAUAACUAUGUCAAUCUAGAGAAAUUCAAUUCAGAGCCAUGACCAAAUAAUCCGCCAU